AAGGAUGAUCAUAUCACAAGUCACCCUAAUGUAAAUGCAGGUGAUGCCACUGAGAAUGAUUCAGUUAGUGUUAAUUCAAACACAGCUGCAAAAGCAUAUGUAAUUGAACAAGAUGUGCUUGAUAAUAUAAUAGAUGCAGGGGUUAAUGUGAGCAUUGCAGUUCAAGCUGAUGAAUAUGAAAUUGAACGAUCUGGAAGCAAGCUGCCGAGCAGAAAGAGGAUCAUCCCUGUUAAAUUCAGGGACUAUGGUAACAUAGAAGAAGAUUAUGAUGAUGAGGAUUAUGAACCAGGUGAAGACAGUGACAAAGAUACAUCAAACUAUGAAAGCAGUGUUCUCAGGAAGAGAGGACGUCCAAGAAAAUAUAUUAAACUAGACAAAGACCUCACAGGUAAAGUUGGUGAGGAGACAAUAGGGGACAGUGGAGAUAUUGGAGCUGACCUUAAUCAACAUGUAACCAAGACUACCUCCAGGGGCAAGCAAGCUUUCGCCUGCCCUCAAUGCACUAAGACUUUCUCUUUGAGAGGAAACCUCAAUGUCCACAUGCGAAUUCAUCGAGCUGAGAGACCAUUUCCAUGUUCCAAAUGUGAGAAAGCUUUCCGCUCUAAGGAAUCAUUGAGGAGGCAUAAUUUUAUACAUGAUGGUGUGAAGCCAUUUAAGUGCGGUGAAUGUAAGAGGUCGUUCUCCAGUAACCAGGCCUUGAAAGAACACAUGAAUCUGCAUACCAAUGAGAAACCUCUUAAAUGUGACGUUUGUGAGAAAUCUUUCAGACAGGCUAGCUGCCUUGCCAGGCAUCUGAUGACCCACCAGAGUGAGCUGAAACAUGCCUGUCCUAUGUGUGGCAAGAGGUUCACCCAGGCUGCUUAUGUCAGAUCUCAUAUAAAGUCUCAUACAGGUGAGAGGCCCUUUGUAUGUGCUGUAUGUAGCAAGGGAUUUGCUCACAGAUCUGACCUCAACAGACAUAGAACAGUUCACACAGGUGAGAAGCCAUAUGCAUGUGAUAUCUGCUAUGCAAGGUUCAGUGAUGCAUCUAGCAGGCGAAGACAUUACAAGGAACAUGAAGGAGUGAAACCUUACAACUGUAAUCUAUGUCAGGAAGGCUUCAAAAGAAGUGGACAGUUAAAGGUACACCUGUCCAAGAAGCAUGCAGUUUGGUCAGAGUUUUCAAGUGAUAACAAUGGGGAAGUCCAGUAUGUCUACGCAGCAUCUGAUAAUACAGAGACUCAGGAAGCUCUUCAAUCUAUAGAGACAACAAAGAUUGGCCCGGCAGGUAGUUUUAUAGUACAAGACGGAGUUGCAAUACAGGCCCAGUCUGUGUCAACACCAGAGGUCACCACUGUCUCAAAUGCCCUUGAUCUCCUUGGAGAAAAUGAUGCUAUCAGUGUAUACCAUGUCAUAGAGACUGUUGAUGAGGCGACUGGUGAAAAACAUACACAGAUUCUAGAAAUUCAAGGUAGCAUUGAUGACCUUCCCUCUGAUGCUGUCGUGCUCACGGAAGACUCUCAAAUCGUACCCUCUGUUUCGCAUGAAGUGAUUGCCGACUCAAAUGAAGUGAUUGCUCACUCAAAUGAGGUGAUUGCUGGCUCGAAGGACGUGAUAUCUGACUCAAAGGAAACUACAGUUGACUCAAAUGAAGCUGCAUCAGACUCCAAUAAAGUGACUAUUGAUCCUAACAAAGUGAUAAUAAACUCUAAUGAAACAAUUACUGAUUCUCAUGAAGUGAUUGAUGACUCUACUGAAGAGAUAACUACCUCUAAAGAAGUAAUAACUGAGGCUGGAGAAGUCAUGGUGGACUCUAAUGAAGUGAUUGCUGACACUGAUGAGGUUGUUCAAGAUUCAUAUGAGAUAGCUGAUAAUCCAAAUGAGAUUGCUAAUGAGUUGAGAGAUGUGGAUGGUGAUAGUGAUGUCAAUGUCCCUGUUACCGUGGAUGAGUUCCAUCCAGAAUCUACUCGAAACCCAAGGGAAGCAAAAACAAUUGAUACCACAGAUGGUAGCUCGAUUUCUGUAAACUUUAUCCCCAGUGAAGCCCCACAGUCUAAUGAGACUCUCAUUUUAAGCAAUCAGCUGAGUGCAGAGGAAUGCGUUACCUUCCCAUCAGAUACCUCAAUUCAGACAACUAAUACAACAACUGAAGUAGGAAAUGACAGCAUGGAUGCCCUAGAGAUUGUCUCAAACCAAGAAACUGUACAUUUCAUAGCUCAUCCAGAUUUUGGGAAGCAGGAGUACUACAACUGGUUGUCAAACUUUAGCGAACUUUGCAAAGUGGUUCCCAUGCCAUUAGAUAUGACGUUCUUCCAAAAUAUAAGCCAAGUUCAUAAAACAUUAUCCGAUGAAUUAGCAAAUCCAAAUGGCAUUUUAAAGAAUAAAAAGAACUUUGAGACAUUAAUGCUUAUAUCUGCUGAUUUGAAUGGAAUCAUAAAUGAACAUUUGACAACAGUCUUAAAAAGUCUUGAAUGA